ACGAUGAGCGACGAGGAGCAAGCGAAGCAACUUUUGGAUGGUUCGGGACCGCUGUCCCCGUCGGCGGCGUCUAAGAAACAGCCUCGUAUGCCGAAGUGUUCUCGCUGCAGAAAUCACGGCUUUGUCUCACCUUUAAAGGGACACAAACGUUUUUGCAACUGGAGGGACUGCCAGUGUCAGAAAUGUAAACUGAUAGCAGAACGACAGCGGGUUAUGGCAGCUCAGGUGGCUCUUCGUCGUCAGCAGGCUCAAGAGGAGGAGAUGGGCAUCUGCACCCCGGUAAACCUGUCCGGUUCUGACAUUGUGGUAAAGAACGAGCCUGCCAACGACUUUGUGUUUACUGUCGGAACCACAUCACCCGUGGCCGCCACUACUGGCUCUACUGCUUCUCCGGCUGUUUCCGGGGGCCGCUCCACCCUGUCUCCAACCCCCACGGCUGCCAGCAGGGGGCACUCUGAGGGCUCUGCUGAUCUAUUGGUGGAUGCCUCCUACUACAACUUUUACCAGCCAUCUCGCUACCCAGCUUACUACAGCAACCUUUAUAACUACCAGCAGUACCAGAUGCCCAGUGGAGAUAGCCGCUUGGCUGGCCACAACGUGUCCCCGCAGUACCGCAUGCACUCCUAUUAUUCUGCAGCGUCCUACCUCAGCCAGGGCCUGAGCACGGCUGCCUGCGUGCCCCCCAUCUUUGCCCUGGAGGAGAACAACUCCUGCUCUGAGCCCAAAGCUGCAGUGUUCUCUGCUGACGGAGCUCACGACACUGACCUGGCCUGCAUGUCCAUCAACACUAUGGUCAGCACUGAGAACAAGCCUGCGUGUGAGGCCAAUCAAGACUCUGGAGUGUUCACUGUGGAUUCCAUCAUAGAGGGAGCUGCAAAGUGAGAGCCCUGAGCAUAUUCCUGUUACACUAUGCUUAGUGUGGGCAUCUGGGGUUUGAGGCUUUGUUGCUUUUACUUCAGGGGCAUUAUAUAUCAAGUAUAGAAAUUUGAUGUUAUUACUGUAUUUUGUUUCAUUUCUUUCACUUUAGUUUAUGUUGCCUGGAUUUUGAGAAGUUUGAUGAAAUGUUUUAAAAUUGAGCCAAGUCAUGCAUAUCAGUGUUGAUAAUACUUUUCAAUUUUUGUUUAUUUGCCUUGUUUACUUUGUCUAAAAUCAAGACAGUCUAAGGAACCUAACAAACAGAAGACAUCAU